AUGUCCAAGAAUCCAGAUGGAAAACAAAUCAAAGUCGGGAUUCUUGGUGCGACGGGUACUGUAGGGCAGCGUUUCGUCACCCUGCUCGCAAAACACCCGUGGUUCACCAUCCAUGUCCUUGGAGCAUCUUCCAGAUCGGCUGGGAAGCCAUAUACGCUGGCCGUUAUGUGGAAGCAGACGACGCCAAUACCAUCUGUCGUCCGCGAUAUGAUAGUGCGCGAGUGCCAUCCAAAGCACUUUGCGGAGUGUGCUGUCAUCUUCUCUGGUCUUGACGCUGAUGCGGCUGGAGACAUAGAAUCUGCAUUCAGAAGCGCCGAUCUUGCUAUUUUCUCCAAUGCCAAAAAUUACCGCAGAGACCCUUCCGUACCUCUGAUCCAGCAAGCGCUGCAAAAUCCCCCGCUCAAGAAAGGUUUCAUCGUUACAAAUGCUAAUUGUUCUACGACGGGCUACGUUAUACCCCUUCGUGCCCUGGAAAAGGCCUUUGGACCCAUCGAGUCGUGUCUGGUUACCACUAUGCAAGCCAUCUCCGGCGCUGGAUACCCAGGUGUUCCCGGUCUUGAUAUCAUCGAUAACGUUGUGCCCUACAUUGGUGGCGAAGAAGAGAAAAUGGAGUGGGAGACGCUGAAAAUUUUGGGAGGGAUCGCCGAUGGCGAUGAUGGAGUGAAAACCUUUGACAUGCACGCACGCCAUCCGUUACGUGUAUCCGCGUCGUGUAACCGAGUUCCCGUCAUCGAUGGGCACACCAUGUGCGUUUCUGUACGUUUUCAGCAGAAACCUCCUCCUAGCCCACAACAAGUCCGAGAGGCCCUGGUAGCUUAUACUCCAGAGGCACAAUCCAUCGGGUGCCCUUCUGUUCCUGUUCAUGCCAUUUUUGUGCAUGAAGAGCCGGACCGCCCUCAACCUCGGUUGGACCGAUAUUAUCAAGACGGUGCAGGAGUGUCAGUGGGAAGAGUGCGCCAAUGUCCCGUUCUUGACAUAAAGUUCGUUGUCCUCGCGAACAACGUCUCUAUCGGAGCAGCUACCAGCAGUAUCAUCAACGCGGAGCUCGCGGUGUUGAAAGGGGUUGUAAAGGUGGAGUAA